UCGGUUGCCGGGCGGGGGAGGGCGCGUCCGGUUUUUCUCAGGGGACGUUCAAAUUAUUUUUGUAACGGGAGUCGAGAGAGGACGGGGCGUGCCCCGACGUGCGCGCGCGCCGCCUUCUCCGCGCUCCUCCAUAGCUCCCUGGCGCCUGCCCUGGGAGCGCGUCAUGCCGCCCAAAACCCCCCGAAGAGCGGCGGCUGCCGCGGCGGCGGCUGUGGAACCCCCGGCGCCGCCGCCGCCGCCUCCUCCUGAGGAGGACCCGGAGCAGGACAGUGGCCCAGAGGACCUGCCUCUGGCCAGGCUUGAGUUUGAAGAAACCGAAGAACCUGAUUUCACUGCCUUAUGUCAGAAAUUAAAGAUACCAGAUCAUGUCAGAGAAAGAGCUUGGUUAACUUGGGAGAAAGUUUCAUCUGUGGAUGGAGUAUUGGAAGGUUAUAUUCAAAAGAAAAAAGAACUGUGGGGAAUCUGUAUCUUUAUUGCAGCAGUUGACCUAGAUGAGAUGCCAUUCACUUUCACUGAGCUGCAGAAAAACAUAGAAACAAGUGUCUAUAAAUUCUUUGACUUACUAAAAGAAAUUGAUACCAGUACGAAAGUUGAUAAUGCUGUGUCAAGACUGUUGAAGAAGUAUGAUGUAUUGUGUGCGCUCUACAGUAAGUUAGAAAGGACAUGUGAACGUAUCUAUUUGACACAACCCAGCAGUUCGGUAUCUACUGAAGUAAGUUCUGUGUUGGUGCUGAAAGUUUCUUGGAUCACAUUUUUACUAGCUAAAGGAGAAGUAUUACAAAUGGAAGAUGAUCUGGUGAUCUCAUUUCAGUUAAUGUUAUGUGUGCUUGACUAUUUUAUCAAACUCUCACCUCCUGCACUGCUCAAAGAACCAUAUAAAACAGCUAUAAUACCCAUUAAUGGUUCACCUCGAACACCUAGACGAGGUCAGAACAGGAGUGCACGGAUAGCAAAACAACUAGAAAACGAUACAAGAAUUAUUGAAGUUCUCUGUAAAGAACAUGAAUGUAAUAUAGAUGAGGUUGAAAGUCUUUCUAAGCGAUAUGAGGAAAUUUAUCUUAAAAACAAAGAUCUAGACGCAAGAUUAUUUUUGGAUCAUGAUAAAACUCUUCAGACUGAUCCUAUAGACAGUUUUGACACACAAAGAACACCACGAAAAAGUAACCCUGAUGAAGAGGUGAAUGUGAUUCCUCCACAUACUCCAGUUCGGACCGUUAUGAAUACUAUCCAACAAUUAAUGAUGAUUUUAAAUUCAGCAAGUGAUCAGCCAUCAGAAAAUUUGAUUUCCUAUUUCAAUAACUGCACGGUGAAUCCAAAAGAAAAUAUUCUGAAAAGAGUGAAAGAUAUUGGACACAUCUUUAAAGAGAAAUUUGCUAAAGCUGUGGGACAGGGAUGUGUUGAAAUUGGAUCACAGCGAUAUAAACUUGGAGUCCGAUUAUACUACCGAGUAAUGGAAUCCAUGCUUAAAUCUGAAGAAGAACGACUCUCCAUUCAAAAUUUUAGCAAACUUCUGAAUGACAACAUCUUUCAUAUGUCUUUAUUGGCGUGUGCUCUUGAAGUUGUAAUGGCUACCUAUAGCAGAAGUACAUCUCAGAAUCUUGAUUCUGGAACAGAUUUGUCCUUCCCAUGGAUUCUGAAUGUACUUAAUUUAAAAGCCUUUGAUUUUUACAAAGUGAUUGAAAGUUUUAUCAAAGCAGAAGCCAACUUGACAAGAGAAAUGAUAAAACAUUUAGAACGAUGUGAACAUCGAAUCAUGGAAUCCCUUGCAUGGCUCUCAGACUCACCUUUAUUUGAACUUAUUAAACAAUCCAAGGACCGAGAGGGACCAGCUGAUCACCUUGAAUCUGCUUGUUCUCUCAACCUUCCUUUCCAGAAUAAUCACACUGCAGCAGAUAUGUAUCUUUCACCUGUAAGAUCCCCAAAGAAAAAAGGUUCAACUACACGUGUAAAUUCUACUGCAAAUGCAGAGACACAAGCAAACUCAGCCUUCCAGACUCAGAAGCCAUUGAAAUCUACCUCCCUUUCACUCUUUUACAAAAAAGUGUACCGGCUAGCAUAUCUCCGACUAAAUACCCUAUGUGCACGCCUUCUGUCUGAUCACCCAGAACUAGAACACAUCAUCUGGACCCUUUUCCAGCAUACAUUGCAAAAUGAGUAUGAACUCAUGAGAGAUAGGCAUUUGGAUCAAAUUAUGAUGUGUUCUAUGUAUGGCAUAUGCAAAGUGAAGAAUAUAGACCUUAAAUUCAAAAUCAUUGUAACAGCAUACAAGGAUCUUCCUCAUGCUGUUCAAGAGACAUUCAAACGUGUUUUGAUCAGAGAAGAGGAGUAUGAUUCCAUUAUAGUAUUCUAUAAUUCAGUUUUCAUGCAGAGACUGAAAACAAAUAUUUUGCAGUAUGCUUCCACGAGGCCUCCUACCUUGUCACCAAUACCUCACAUUCCUCGAAGCCCUUACAAGUUUUCUAGUUCACCCUUACGGAUUCCUGGGGGGAACAUCUAUAUAUCACCCCUGAAGAGUCCAUAUAAAAUUUCAGAAGGUCUGCCAACACCAACAAAAAUGACUCCAAGAUCAAGAAUCUUAGUGUCAAUUGGUGAAUCAUUUGGGACUUCUGAGAAGUUCCAGAAAAUAAAUCAGAUGGUGUGUAACAGUGACCGUGUGCUCAAAAGAAGUGCUGAAGGAAGCAACCCUCCUAAACCACUGAAAAAACUACGCUUUGACAUUGAAGGAUCAGAUGAAACUGAUGGAAGUAAACAUCUCCCAGGGGAGUCCAAAUUUCAGCAGAAACUGGCCGAAAUGACAUCUACUCGAACACGAAUGCAAAAACAGAAAAUGAAUGAUAGCAUGGAUACCUCAAACAAGGAAGAACAGUGAGGAUCUCAGGACUUUGGUGGACACUGUGUAUACCAUGUAUGCCUCUGGCUUCAUUAUCUCUCAGAGAUGUGACUGUAUAACUCUCCCAAGUUCUGUUUACAGCCACAUUAAUAUCUCUUUUUUGUAGAUAUAAAAUGUGCAGAUACAAGUUGAAUAUUUAUGUGGGUGAUUCCUAAGCCACUUUCAAUGUUAUAUUCAAUGGUAUAUGCAUUGUUAUUAUACAAGAUUCAAAAUCUUGUGUAAUCCUGCCAUUAAAAAGGUAUAGCAGAUCAUCACAUUUCCAAAGUAAAAUUGCUCUGCUUUAUGAAUGAAUUGAGGCUGCCUCUGGAGUGGGAGUACUAAUAACCCAUGCCUGUCUGACUACUUUGUCUUCCCUUGUAGCAUAUGUGUGAUGUUUGCUCUUGGUUUUAUUAAUUUAUAUGUAUAUUUUUUUAAUUUAAAAACGUGAACACCCUUAGAAAAUGUGUCCUGUCUUCCAAAUGCAAUAUGACUGACUGUCCAUUCACCCAAAUUAUCUUAAACUCUUCUGCUAAAACAGAUUAUUAUUAGAAACUAGGAAAAAAUUAAUUUUUACACAUUUGAUUUUAUUUUAGUAUUGGAAUCUGAUGUAUUGUGUGCUUGUUUUACAAAUUUUCUUUUACAUACAAGCAAAAAACAAAGGACAAACAUGAUACUGUCAUACUACUGACACAGAUUUCAUACCUCAGAACUUAUAAGAAUUUCUUCUCUUUAUCCAAACUCAUGGUUUAAAAUGCAUAUUAUUGUAAUACUCUUGGUUUGGGGUUUUUGUUUUUGUUUUUUACCAUUCAUAUCACUGAAUUUUUUAAGUACCUAUCUGGUACUUGAAAAAGUAAAGUGUCCAGUCAGAGCUUUGCUGAGGAGGACUCUAAUACAGUAUAUCCCAAGUGCACUUUCUAAUGUUCCUGGGUCCUAAAAAAAUCAAGAUACAAAUUAAUUUUAUUCCAUAGCAAGUCUGUUAACUAUAGAAGCCUUGAGGGUUUUUUUUUUUUUUGAGUUUCCCUUAGGGAUUUGUUUAAUUGCAUCUCAAUAAUUAUUCUGCCCUCCUAAAUUUGGGAAGGUUUGUGUUUUCUCUGGAAUGGUACAUGUCUUCCAUGUAUCUUUCGAACUGGCAAUUAUUUAUCUUCUAUUUUAAGUCAGUAUGGUCUAACACUGGCACAUUAAAAGCCACAUUAUCUCUAGUCCAAUAUUGCAAGUAAUCAAAGGUCUUGUAAGUUAGGCAUUAAUUUUUCUGAUUUUAUGCAAAAGCUUCAAAUUAAAAUAGCUGCAUUAGAAAGAAGUGCUAUCCCCCUUCCCCUACACCUAAAGGUGUGUUUAAACCGUCUUGUGUGAUUAACUUAUUUAGAGAUGGUAUAUAUAAAAUAGGUGGUAUUUAAGAUAGCAUCAGCUAGCAUUUAGAAAAAUCAUUUUGUCUAAACUCAGAGUUCUUUUUAAAAAGAAAUCUGGUCUUAUUUCUUAGAAAACAAAAUUUUGUGUUUAAACAUCAAACUUACUAUUUUGACAGUUAUCUUGAUAACAGGCACUAGAAAGCUUUACCCUAUUUCUUCAUAUUUUUUUUGCAUGAAUAGCAUACAAUUCAGUUAGUUUUUAUGUCAAGGGCUUACCAUAUUUCUGAGUCUUUUGCUCAUAAAUUUACAUUAGAAUUAGUGACAGAAUUUUAGGAAUUUCAGAGAUYGUGUAUUGAGAUUCUUAAGACUUCAGAUGUUGCUUUAUUGCUUUUUUGUACUGGUUAAAACUAUACAUUUAAAAUUGCUAUGUUUACUAUUUUCUAAAACUAAUAGUUUGUCUAUUUUAAAAUAAAUUAGUUGUUAAGAGUCUUAGUGGUUUGAUGCUGUGGUCUUUUUAUUAGGUAUAGCAGUGUUCCCUUUGGUAUGUAAACUGUCUCCUACUAUCUCAUCCGAUGAAUUCAGUAUUUAGUGGACCCUUUCUGCUGCUGAUUCCCAAAUUUGUUUCUCCAGCCCUGACCUGUUCACAGAAAUUAAACCUAUCAUAGCCAAUCAAACUCUCAAUUCCUACCCCACUCCAAUUUCUCACAAUUUAAGUCAAAAUCAACAACAAUAUCUUGUUUCUACUCUAGUCUUUCCCCAUUUUUACUAAACACUUAUCAAGCAAAAAACUUAGGAGUCACCUAUUAAUUCCUGUCUGGAUCACUACUUAUUUAUUCAUUGUUAAAAAUCUAUAAAGCUGAAAACCAAGUGGUCCUGUGUGUUUGGAACUAAAAAUCAUAUGAAACCAGAAUCUUAUCUAAAUUGCCAUAUUCCUUUCUAUAGUCUUUAACCCACUUACUGGAAAUAUUCAUCUUUCUCUCAGAAAUAUUUAAUGUUUGAUUAUCAUGAGCUAAGGCCCUAUACAGUCUUAUAUAUCAUGUGGUAUGUGUCAUUUUAUUAUUAUUCUUAACUCCAAAUAUAUAUAUAUAUAUAAUGCAUCUAGCACAAAGGUUUAUUUUUAGUUUAUACAAUUUCUCAGAAGUGGGUGGAAAAUGCAGUGCUUUCCUUCUGGAACAGCAUAUUUAUUCCUGAAGGAAGAAAGGCAAAUAAAGAGGCUAGAGCAGGACAAGCAGCAGGUGAAUCUCAAGAGGCUGUACUCAUAUUGCAUGAGGAUCUUAAAUGAAAUGUUGUGUUAGGUCAAGUCAAAAAUCAAGCAGCCUUAACAACACUAAACAUUUUUGUCUCAGUGAUGGAAAAUUAAUCACUCCUGAUAAUUUAGCAUUCUAAUUAUUUAAACAUUCAUUAUAAUAAAAGGAACAAGUUCAGAUUCAUGUAUUUUACUUUUCAUUACAGUUUUCUGGCACAAAUGGUGGAGGGGAAGAUCCUGCCUUCUAUUAUUAUCUGGAUGAUUGCAUAGAACUUGCUUUUAAAGGCAUAUUUUUGUUCCUCAUUUUGGGACCAAUGUAUUGUACAUAUCAAGUUAAAUAUUCAGUAGAAAUUCCCUCUGGACUAAAUUGGUAUUUUAAAAAAAAAAUAUUUAUUUUUUAAUUGUAAAUG